AGUAUCAUAAGUUCAAGGUCAGCUUGAACUACAUUUGGAGACACCUAAUAUUUUUUAAAAAGUGGAGGGCAGGGUGGCGAGUUGGCUUACUUGGCGUCUGUGGCGAAGUCUGACCAAGUUCACCAGGACCCAUGUGGUAGUAAAGAGAGUACCAGACUCCUGCAAGUUAGCCUAUGACUGCCACAUGCCCUUAUGUACAGCAAACACACACAAUGAAUAAAAACGCGAAUUGCAAACCUCCGUGUUUAAAAUACUUAUUCUGUUAUGAGAAAACUGCUUUCUAAACAUCUCUUGUAAGUGUGUCAACACCAUACACAGCGAAUUAUUUUUUCUGUGAAUUUUGUGAAACCAUUUUCCUGUAAGAAAUGCAAUCGGAAAUUGGAGACCUAUUGAUGGAUGCCCUUCCAUAUAUAUAGCUUUUAUUUUGUGGUAAAGACUGCUAAAAAGAAUAAAAUACCCACGCCUCGCCCAUCCACCACCACGUCCCUGAGGAACACACCCACCUAGCAACCAAGAGACGAACUGAAGCUCCGUGCUGCGCCUUUAAUUCCGGGGUUGGGGUGGGGGGACCGCAGAGAGUUUCCGCUCCCCAUUCCUUGCGCAUCGCCAGUGGCAGCUGUCACCUGUAAGCCGAGCACCGCGCGCGGGCAUGGAGCCCGGCGCCCAUUGGAUAGCUUCUCUCGGUAGUGACCUACCCGGGAGACUGGAGGCCCGGCGGGGCGCAGGCGGAGGGCCCGGGAUGCCCUUCGUCCGGAGACGCCCCAACGCGGCACGGCGGGCGUGACCGAGGUCCAGCUCCGGGGUUCAGAGCCCCAGGUGAGCGGACAUCACUCCCGGAACGCUCCCCCCUCCCCCGAGUGGAUCGCUCGCAUCCCGGAGCCGAGGACCCGGGGGACCCAGUAUGGCGCUGGCUGCUGCUGCGGCAGCGGCUGCGGCCGCCGCUGGGGUGAGCCAGGCGGCGGUGCUGGGCUUCCUGCAGGAGCACGGCGGGAAGGUGCGCAACUCCGAGUUGCUGAGCCGCUUCAAGCCGCUGCUGGACGCCGGGGACCCGCGCGGCCGCUCUGCCCGCAGGGACCGCUUCAAGCAGUUUGUCAACGACGUGGCGGUGGUGAAGGAGCUCGACGGGGUCAAGUUCGUGGUCCUGAGAAAGAAGCCUCGGCCCGAAGCUCUGCUCCCCUCCAUCCCUGGGGUACCAACCCCACCGGCUAGGAGCACCGGGGUCCCCGCCGGAGACAGCUCUGCCCCUGGAGCUCCACCUCCAUCUCUGGCUUCGGCGCAGCCGUCCGUGGAGCCACCUUCCGUGGAGCCACCGGAGGACGCGGCCGUGCCAGCGGACCCACGGGACAUCCCGGGGGCGCCACCCUCCGCCACACUCCAAUUUGGGGAGCUCUCAGGCUCAGUCCAGCAGCCCGGGGGACCCCCGGAUCCUCAGGUUCCAGCCUCGGAGCUAGCCCAGCCCUCGGAGGGACUCUCGAAGGUGGCCCCACCGGCCAGUGCACCGCCGUCGGGGGCGGCGUCGCCGAGCACAGAGUCCCUGAAUCCGGAGCCUGCGCCUGGGCCACCGAGGGGACCACCGCCACCCGUGCCGCGCGCGCCACCGCAGAAGCCCUGCAUGCUGCCGGUGCGCUGCGUCCCCGGCCCCGCCGCGCUCCGGGUGCGGGCGGAGGAGCAAGGGCUGCGCCGGCAGCUAUCGGAGGAACCGAGCCCGCGGUGCUCCCCGAUGCUCCUGCGCCGGCUGUCCAUCGAGGAGUCCGGCCUGGGCCUCAGCCUGGGUCCCGGCCGCUCUCCGCACCUGAGGCGCCUGUCCCGCGCUGGGCCGCGCCUGCUGAGCCCGGACACCGAGGAGCUGCCCGCCGCGCCGCCGCCGUCCGCCGUGCCGCUGGAGCCCACGGAGCACGAGUGGCUGGUGCGCACGGCCGGCGGCCGCUGGACUCGCCAGCUGCACGGGCUGCUGCUGCGGGAUCGCGGCCUGGCCGCCAAGCGCGAUUUCAUGUCCGGCUUCACCGCCCUGCACUGGGCUGCCAAGAGCGGCGACCGCGAGAUGGCUCUGCAGCUGGUGGAGGUGGCGCGGCGCGGCGGCGCGCCCGUGGACGUGAACGCGCGCUCCCACGGCGGCUACACGCCGCUGCACCUGGCGGCUCUGCACGGCCACGAGGACGCGGCAGUGCUGCUUGUGGUGCGCCUGGGAGCCCAGGUACAUGUGCGCGACUACAGCGGCCGGCGCGCCUACCAGUACCUCCCGCCCGGCUCCUCUUACGCGCUUCGCCGGCUGCUCGGUGACCCGGGCCUUCGAGAGUCCACCGAGCCGGAUGCAACCGGUGGUGGAGGCGGGAGCCUGGCAUCUCGGCAUCCCGUACAGGUGGCCGCCACCAUCCUCAGCUCCACCACCAGCGCGUUUCUGGGCGUCCUGGCCGACGACCUGAUGCUCCAGGACCUGGCCCGAGGCUUGAAGAAGUCAAGCUCCUUCAGCAAGUUCCUGGGCGCUUCACCCAUGGCUCCGCGGAAGAAGACGAAGAGCCGCGGUGCCCUGCCGUCUUUCUCCGAAAUCUCUCGUCGACCCACCCCCGGGCCUCUAGCUGGCUUAGUGCCUAGUCUGCCCCCAGCAACCUGAAGGCCCUUGGGGGUGGGGGUGGCCAUCAGUGUCUCGAUUGACCUACCCAGGCCUCUGGCUCAGUCUAAGCCUGCCCAACAUCUGCGGCCUGUCUGGCUUUCAACUUUAUCCACUGCAGCCUGUUUUACCCAGAGGGCCUCCAACCUUCUGCCUGAAAUUGGAUGUGUCUGCAGGGAUGGAAACCAGGCAGCCAGGCAUGAACUGGGGAGGAGACUUGAAGUUCAGGGUCAACGUUUAGGGGCAGCAGCUGGCCUGGCCCCUGGCUGAGUUGACCAGAUAGAUUCCUACGUCUGUACACUCCCGAGUCAGAACCCGUGCAAGGCUUUCUAAACGUUCAAAGAUGAUGUCAAGAUGAGUAGUAGUUUUGUAACUUGAUGCUUUUAUUCUGUUUUAAAUUGAAAUGAGGUAAAGCAACUUUCAUAAUAACCUUUUGAAAUUCUAUUUUUUCCAUUUUUAGGCUCAGACAUUUUCAGUCUUUUGCUAAAUAUUUUGGAAAUCUAGGAUUAAAAAACAGAUUAUUGAGAUCUAAAGAAAAUUAAUCCUAGCCAACAAAACUCAUUUAAGUUUAUCUACCUCAUUUUAGGCAAUCCAGAUUCUGGAGUCUUGAACACAGAAUAAUCAUCAUGACCUUAAUGAAUGUAACUACUUUUACUUGUACUGUGAAUGCUAAAUAUUAAGAGAAACAAGUGCAUCUUGGGAAUACAAAUGAUUUAACCAAGAGAAAAGAGACAUUUUGGUAAAUACUCUUAAACUGUGAUGAAAUGUAAAUGUGUUUGGCAUUAACUGGUAGCUAUUUUGAUUUGGCAUGAAAAUUUAAUUAUUUUUACAUUGUGAUUUAAUUGUGAAUUCUGAAUCUGUGGCUUUCAGUGCAAUGAGUCAAUAUUCAAAGAAAAAAAUACCAGAAGAAAACUGAUUAAAUAGUAAUUGACAUGAUUAUUAUUCUUUUAUAUGAAAGUUCUGAACAAACAAGCGUGUGAUAUCCAUUUUCUAAAAUCUACUUGAAAGCCGUUGAUUCUAAAAUAGAAAUUGCAGAAUCUUCGCCCAGUGGUAAUCUUGGAUGAGGACCUUUGCUCCUGUCUGUGAAUGGAGGCUUGUGGUUGUGGCCAGGACUUCUCAGGUUUGGCUCAAUGUGAUUAUGAUGGCACUUUUUGUUUCCUGUUUUAUAGAUGUGAAAUCUAUUUGCUCAAAUCAACUUUUUAUAUCAUAUUGUGAUAAUACUCUGUUUUUGCAAAUUAUGUUUGCAUGUCAUCGGUCGUAUCAAAUGGUUCUGUGACAGAGGGGAAUGUGGCUUCUCUCUCUAAUAUGUCAGUGAGACCUUUGAAAUUAUUAAAGACAGUCUGACAGUC